UUUCCACAUUUUUUCCAAUUUGCCUCUGCACAUUUUCUCUUCCGUGCGCUCAGACAACAGCAACGUCGGCGAAUACUACAGAUUUCUCAAUUAAAUUCUGUUCAUUCACAUUUAAGUUCGAAAAGAUAGCCCAGUCCGCCUAGCUAUUUCGAAUUGUCGGCGCUCUUGUGUGCAGGAGUGUGAAGAGGACAGAAAACCCACAAUAUAACAGUACAGCGGGGAAUCGAAACAGUACAGACAUACACUCGAACAUGUCUUCAGCGGCAAAUUCGCCUGCGACCAAUUCGAAUUCAGAUGACGAACAGAGCCGAUCGAAAUGGCAUAUGCAACUCAACGCGGACACACCUUCACCUAAUUCAAACACACCGUUAUCUACACCCACGUCAUUGCAUUCUAGCGCCGGUGGAGUUAGUGGUGGAGCAUCAAAACGGAAAAGCGCAUUUCUUCCAUAUCGUCCACAUGCCACUGUACUUACAAACUUGCAACGCGGAAAUACUGAAGCAACCUUUUGCCCAGUGGAAGUGGCAUUGUCAUUCCACGAACGUGCCGGUCAAGGUGAGAUCACCGAUGAUCAAGUGCGUGUAGAAUUCGAGCGGAAUGCUCACAAUAUUGAUUUCAAAGAUACUACUGGAUUUACUGCCCUUCACUGGGCAUCCUACUACGGUCAGCUGGUUGCAGUACGUUUACUUGUUGAUUCUGGUGCUGAUGUGAAUGCAGAAGCACCGGAAAUGGUAACCCCACUUUUGCUUGCAGCUUGUGGUGGUCACAAUGAGGUGGUACGUUUGUUGCUGGAACAUGGUGCUCGCCCUACACAUAUGGAUAUUGUCGGUAACACGGCGUUAAUGUAUGCCGCAGCGGGAAAUCACCCACAUACCUGCAACGAAUUAUUAGCCAAAGAUCCGGAUAUGACGGCCACUAAUGAGAAUGGCGAUACCGCAUAUUCCUUGGCUGUAGAAAAUGGAGCUGUUUUGGCGCAAGCAGUGCUGGAGCAGUACUUGAGUGCGUUGCUGUUGCUUUAAAAGAAAAUUAUUCUCAGAAGGCAUUGAUUAUGGAAAAGACUCGUGUCGCCAACAAUAACAACAACAACAACAACAAUAAACGCAAUAACACAACAUUCCUUUCGUUGAAGUGAGCCGAGCGCGCCGCUGAACAUAAUCGAAGGCCGUAAAGUCGAUGGCAUAAAGAAGGAAAGAAGGUAUACCACAAAAACAACAAGGACUAACUGAUUUUUUAAAACUUUGCAACAUCGAAUUUUGCCUGUUUUUACAAUAUUUAUUAAAUAUAGAUAAUAUAAGUCUAAAGUGUUUUGUAAACACAUCUGUGUGUAGUUAUGUCCGAUUAAUUGUAUUCAAUUGUAUGAAUAGUUAAUAUUUGUGUGAAAAUACCGUUAUAGCGUUAUAUUUGCGUACAUGUCCGACAAUUGUGAUAGCAAGUUAGUCGUUUAGCAACUUGAUUUAACUGUUUAAUAAAGUCAUACGUUCUAGUUACACUACUUACAGCAAAAGUGUAGAAUUUUAAACCAAAAAUAUAAUUGUAAUAGAAGUGAAAAAAGCUGUGAAAGUCUUUAACAAAAAUUUCGUAUUAUUUGUGGGCAUGUAUAUUUCUGUAAUAACUGUAAUAAUAACCUCGUAAAAGUAACUGAAA